AUGGAGACGGAGAGCUGUUUGCCUUUCUCUUCGCAGAACAGCAGGAGGACGCCAGCAAACUCUCCGGGAUUGGAGUCUGGUGGCGGCUCCGGCUCCUUUCUUCCCUGCGAUAAGCUACAGAAACCCUCACAUCUUCCUCCACCUCCUCGUCUCAGCCUGCGCGGGGAUCUUUACGGUGCAGCCAUGGGCAGGUUUGGCGACGCUGCAGCGGACUUUACGCACGGCUCUGGCCCUCCCAAUCCGCCCGGUUCACCGCCCAAACACAGCAAGUUUUUGGACGGUUUAAACCAGGAUCAAAAGGGGGCAACGAUAGGCGGCAAACCGGCAUUUUACGAGAACGGCAUAGGGGACAGAGAGAAAGGAGCUCUGAAAAGCAUGGGCUACUCUGGGAUUGGCUCAGACUGCUGCGGCAAGCUGAAAGAAUCGGGCAGUGGCUCUUUACAAGGGGACUCUAUUGCUGACUCCAUUGACUUAUCAGGGAAGAACAAAAAGCGGCGUAAUCGCACCACCUUCAGCACCUUUCAGCUGGAAGAGCUAGAAAAAGUGUUUCAGAAGACUCACUACCCAGACGUCUAUGCCAGAGAGCAGCUGGCGCUGAGGACAGAGCUCACUGAGGCUCGGGUUCAGGUUUGGUUCCAGAACCGCAGAGCCAAAUGGAGGAAACGGGAACGUUAUGGGAAAAUCCAGGAGGUCCGCAACCACUUUGCUGCUACAUAUGAUAUUUCUCUUCUCCCUCGCCAUGAUGCAUAUCAGAUGCAGAGCAACCUUUGGCCAGGUGCGGCUUCAGGGGGCGGUGGUAGCUCUGGCGCAGGCUGUGUUCUUGGAGCUGACUCCAUCCCCUCAUCCUGCAUGGGUCCAUAUUCUCACCCCCACAGCAACCUGCAAAGCUUCAUGGGCAUGCCCACGUCCCCCAGCCACCCACACCACCACCACCACCCUCACCAUCCCAGCAUCAACGGCCUCUAUUCGCUCCACAGCUUCCCAGGAGGUCUUGGACCCCCUUCCAUUGAGGGUCCAGAAACCGAUUACAAACCGACGGGCUUGGUGGCCCUGCGGAUGAAAGCCAAAGAGCCAGGCAGCAUCCUCUCCUGGCCCACAUGACCACCACAGAGCCUGCUGCCCACUGUGCACUGAUUGAGCCAAAACAUGUUACAUUUCUGCCCCAUACAGUCCCAGAUGUACACACCCACCUCAGCAUAUGACUCAAAUAUUUCUUCUUUACAUUUAUCUAAGCCAACUUGGAGACUUUUUGUUAUUAAGAAUAUGUUGGAGUGUUGGAAAUCUGAUGAAGCGCAGUACAUAUAACUUUCUUUUUUUCUGACUUUAGUUUGAUAUUACAAAGAGACCAAAGAGGAAAAUUAUUUAAGCAUGUAAAAAGAUGUAAUUAUCAUAUUAAUCACUGUCCUCUGUCUGUUGUCUUUAUAGUGUGACCAGUAAUAAAGGCCUCCAUCUACAUCAACUAUCAUUUUCAGUAAAAGGCUAUUUUGGGGACGGGAUAAAGAGAAAAAAAGGUUCACAAACAAUUUUUGACUGAAUUAUAUUGGUCUUCACAUAGAUCUUCAAGUGAAAAGUUUGUGUCACUUUAGAAAAAAACUGAGAAUGUGGUUAUGAGGCAGAAAUGCUUUACUGACUGUGGUUGCUAUAAACAAAGAUUUUUGCUAUGCAGAAGGUGUACGAAGAGAGUUUAGUCUAUUUUCAGCGUCUUAAAGGUGGUUGAUCAGCUGGUUAGGGAAAGAAAAAAAAGUGACCACAUGUCACUCUAUGUAAUAAAAAAUCCUGCCAAGCAUGU